AUAGCAACAGAUCAAUUCAGCUUGUCCAUCACCCCUUCCCUCACCGACCCGUCACACAGCACCUUCCUCGUGCUGUCUCUUUCCCCCGUACGUGCGGUACUCGACGCGGUUGAGCGCUGACAAGCUGACGUUGAGCUUCACGGCGUAGGGAAAGAACAAGUGAAGAAGGGCAGGGCACCAUGGCCGACUCCCUCGCCCACCAGGCGUAUGGCAAGACGCGGAUAGAAUGGCUGUCGAACCUCAACACCGAGUACAAGCCACCCACCGCCUUCCGCCGCACGAGCAUCAUCUGCACCAUUGGCCCCAAGACGAACUCGGCCGAGAAGAUCAACAUGCUCCGCCGCGCCGGCCUCAACGUCGUGCGCAUGAACUUCUCCCACGGCAGCUACGAGUACCACCAGUCCGUCAUCGACAACGCGCGUGAGGCCGAGAAGGCGCAACCCGGCCGCCCCGUCGCCAUCGCCCUCGACACCAAGGGCCCCGAGAUCCGCACCGGCAACACCCCCGGCGACGAGGACAUCCCCAUCUCCGCCGGCACCGAGCUGAACAUCACCACCGACGACAAGUACGCCACCGCCAGCGACAACAAGAACAUGUACGUCGACUACAAGAACAUCACCAAGGUGAUCGAGAAGGGGCGGACCAUCUACGUCGACGACGGCGUGUUGGCGUUCGAAGUCGUGGAUGUCGUCGACGACAAGACCAUCCGCGCCCGCGCCGUCAACAACGGCAAGAUCUGCAGCAAAAAGGGCGUCAACCUGCCCAAGACCGACGUCGACCUCCCCGCCCUGUCGGAAAAGGACAAGGCCGACCUCCGCUUCGGCGUGAAGAACAACGUCGACAUGGUCUUCGCCUCCUUCAUCCGCCGCAAGGAAGACAUCCUGCACAUCCGCGACGUGCUCGGCGAGGAAGGGAAGGACAUCCAGAUCAUCGCCAAGAUCGAGAACCAACAGGGCGUCAACAACUUCGACGAGAUCCUGAAAGUGACCGACGGGGUGAUGGUUGCGAGAGGGGAUUUGGGCAUCGAGAUCCCGCCGGCGCAGGUGUUCAUCGCGCAGAAGAUGAUGAUCACCAAGUGCAACAUCGCCGGCAAACCCGUCAUCUGCGCCACGCAGAUGCUGGAGAGUAUGACGUACAACCCGCGCCCGACGCGGGCGGAAGUCAGUGACGUCGGCAAUGCCGUCCUCGACGGCGCGGACUGCGUCAUGUUGUCCGGCGAGACGGCCAAGGGCAACUAUCCGCGAGAGGCGGUGACGAUGAUGCACGAGACGUGCUUGUUGGCCGAGGUCGCCAUCCCCUACGUCAACGCCUUCGACGAGUUGAGGAGUCUCACCCCGCGACCGGUGCCGACGACGGAGACGUGCGCCAUGGCGGCCGUGUCGGCGAGCUUGGAGCAGAAUGCCGGUGCCAUCCUCUGCCUGACCACUUCCGGCAACACCGCCCGCCUAAUCUCCAAAUACCGCCCCGUCUGCCCCAUCAUCAUGGUCACGCGCAACGCGCGCGCCUCCCGCUACUCGCACCUGUACCGCGGCGUCUACCCCUUCCACUACCCGCAACCCAAACCGGACUUCCAGAAGAGCCCGUGGCAGGAGGAUGUGGACAACCGGCUCAAGUGGGGGAUCAUGCACGCGAUUGAGUUGGGCGUGCUGCAGAAGGGCGCCGCGGUGGUGUGCGUGCAGGGGUGGCGGGGCGGCAUGGGGCAUACGAAUACCCUGCGUGUCGUGCCGGCGGAAGAGGAUUUGGGGUUGGAUUUGAGUGCGUGAGCCAACAAAUCAACGCGGAGGUGUAGGGAACCCGGGGGGGGAGUAAGUGGAGGGAGGGGUGGGUCGGUGGGUGGGUGUGGCAUGCUGACGGCCAAGGCCCCCGAGAUGUGAUAGAUGCGACGCUUUGAUUCGUAGCUUGGUGAUUGCGUGAGGGUUUAUGAUGGGAGAGCGAGCGAGCGAGCGAGCGAAGCACAAAAAAGGCGCGGCAUAGAUACUCUCCUAUAGUGCAGUCAUGAUGAUGUUAUCCGGAAAAUACAAGAUAUGCCUA